UCAAAUAUUUUUAGCAUCGCUUAGACGAAACCGCUAAAUGUAUUCUCCGCAGGGUCCACUUAGACAAUUUAAAAAGUUUAAUCAAUGACUUCCUUUAUCCUCCAUUUUAUAGUUUAUACACACCGCAUACAUAUAUAAGUAUGGUUUAAUUAACAUUGAUUGGCAAUGUCCUGAUAUUUCAGAAUUUUCAGAUUUUCAUAAUAAUUUAAAUACAUGUGUGUAUACAGUAGAGCUUCGCAUAAAUGCGAAAUCGUUUCCUUUCCAAUUAUCUUCAUCACUGAAAACAAAUUUUGCUAAGGCGUUAAGGUGUUUAAAAGAGAGGUAACCGCAGAAUGCGCAUUGAUCUUAAACAUUGUUUUGUGUAAGGUACGCUAAGGUAAGUACAAGGGUGUAAGUGUAAAUAAUAAAAUAAUACCCUUAAGGGGAUAGAUUGCAGUUAAAUACUAGCCUCUGCAAACUUUUACCGCAGAACCACAACAUUUUAUAGCGAUCUAAAAGCCAUAGGUAAAUGCGGCAGUAUCCGAACAGGAGCGAGGAACUUGGUGAAAGAGAGUUGAAAAGGAAGCAUUUGAUGGAACAGCAGAAUCGAAAAGGAGCUUCCAAUAAAUUCAAAUAAAUUUAGUUGCGCCGUGUACACCAAAGAACCAAAUUGAGAUGGUCACUCUGCACACGGCUGAUUUUGUCCUUGCGUAUAUGUCGCUGAACAUUUUUCUUAAAAAAAUAAUCGCCGUAAAAAGAGAAAAUAAAGUGAGAAGCAUUUAAUCACAACAAUUUAGUUGCGCCCCGGUUUAUUCUCAAUUUAUAAACACAACAAUUUAGUUGCGCCCCGGUUUAUUCUCAAUUUAUACGCAACAAUUUAGUUGCGCCCCGGUUCAUUUUCAAUUUAUACGCAACUAUUUAGUUGUGCCCCGAUUUAUUCUCAAUUUAUACGCAACAAGAAUUGCAAGAUCAACUCUAUAAUCAAUUGAAUACUUUAAAGCCGCGGCCGUCUAUUUAUGAUCCAGAUUUUAUCGCAGCCAAUCAGUCGGAAAGAGUGGAUAAUAUUAUCAAAGCAAAACAACUUGGACAUUAUCGUUGUAUUGUGGACUGCUAACGCGGAAAGAGUUUGCGAUGUUAAGCCCGGCUUAAAUACGACCAUGCAUGAAUUGGAAGCAUUUUUGAAAGCUAACAAAGCUGAAAUACCACCAUCCACUGUUUUUGCCAUUGCCAGCAUAAACGAAGGCUGCACAUAUAUUAAUGGAUCACCACAGAAUACCUUUGUUCCCGGUCUUAUAGAACUAGCUGAACACAAGGAUGUCUUUAUAGCGGGCGAUGAUUUUAAAUCCGGCCAAACAAAACUUAAAUCUGUAUUGGUUGACUUUCUAGUUGGCGCAGGCAUAAAACCAGUAUCUAUUGUCAGUUACAAUCAUUUGGGAAACAAUGAUGGCAAAAAUCUUUCUGCUCCUCACCAAUUCCGUUCAAAGGAGUAAUGUAGUAGACGACAUGGUAGAAUCCAAUAAAAUUUGAUACGAAGCUAAUGAACAUCCCGGUCACGUGGUGGUCAUCAAAUAUGUUCCCUAUGUCGGAGAUAGCAAGCGUGCCAUGGAUGAAUAUAUUUCUGAAAUUAUGAUGGGCGGUCAUAAUACUUUGGUCAUAAUUGUGACGAUUCUUUGUUGGCGUCACCGUUGAUUUUGGAUUUAGUAAUUUUAGGUGGAAAAGGGCUGUGUGGGUAAACUACUUUUAAAGUACUACCUAUCUUUUGUAGUAAUUGUGCGUGCUAAUAGAAAGGUUUCAUUUUCGAGUUUUCGCUUUACAUAUGUAGAAUAACUACGAGUCAUAUGAAGGCUUCCAAAAAUAUAUGAAGAAUAAUUAUACAAUGAACCACAAAUUGUACAUUAUUAUUAUAUUAUUAUUAUUAUACUGCACUAUACAACAAAGCGUCGUUUGUAAAAGUUUUAGCUAG